AUGGAGCGCAUCAAACAGCUGCAGCAGCGUCUGGCUGCGAGGCAAGUACUCAUGGCUCAACUUCAGGCCGAGUGUGCUGAGAUUGAGGCAGACAUCGCUGAAGUGCAGCAGCAACUCGGUAUCAAUAGCGGGUUUCGCUUCCUAGACCUACCUCGGGAGCUCCGUGACAUCGUUUAUGAGUUUUGCCUGGCGAAGGGCAAGGUGUUCUUGCCGCAGCAGAGUCACGACGAGUACGAUGUUCGUUACCUUGAUCGAGACUCGUACGAAAAACCAGAAUUGCAGCUCCUGACUAAUCAAGUCAUACUCACUGCGAACGAUCACCAGCACCUGCUAUCGUAUGGAGAAGCAUACGAGAGAGACAGUCAACUUUCACUAGCAAAUGUUAGUCAACUCUCGCUGGCGGAUCUUGCGCAUCGCUAUCUCACCAACGUCAGCAUAGCACUGAACCAGUCCAAUUUUCGAGAUGGGAUUGAACGAAGAAAAGUGACAAUGCGCAGAUUUGCUCAGCAGACGGGCGACAAAAAAGCUCGGAUACUCGACGACCACUUCGCAUGGAGCGAAUACAUGUAUGCUAUUAUCUGGAAGGACUGGCUGGAUGCCAUUUUCGUCAGGCCCAUGAAACAUGUACAGAUUGACGUCAGCAACUGCUACUGUCACCAAGGCUGCUGCCGUCUGGCAAAGAGAUUUGCUCGUUCGUUCCGGCACAUAGAGGGACCUGACGACGGCUAUGACAACCACGUCUUCCCGGAGGAUGCUCUCCGCGUCACUGAGCUCCUUGGUACCAAGACGAGGACAGAACGUCAAAAGAUCAGGCGUGCGCUUGCACAUGGACUGCACGCACUGAUUGUGUCCGAAAAGUUGAACUCCGAAACACCACUCACUCUUCGCUUUACCAAUGCGCCCGUUCCAAAGGAUGGCCACGUCAAAGAGUUCUUGGAGUCGCAUAUGUUGCAUAGAACAGUACUCUGCAGUCGCUGA